AUGUCUUGCUCAUCUCUCAUGUCCUCCUCCAGGGCUGGAGGCAGCAGCUCCGUCAGGGUUUCUGCUGGUGGCAGCAGCUUCAGCAGCGGAAGCAGAUACGGUCUCCGGGGAGGCUCUGCCCGGGGCUUCCGAGGAGGGGCCGGCAGCUGUGGCCUGAGUGGGGGCGCAAGCGGAGGCUUUGGAGGGGGCUUUGGUAGCUCCUCCAUAGGGGGCGGUUUUGGAGGAGCUUCAGGUUCUGGGAUUGGCUUUGGUGGGGGCUCUGGCUUUGGUGGGGGCUCUAGCUUUGGCGGGGGUUCUGGCUUCGGCGGGAGUGUGGGAUAUGGCGGAAGCACUCGUGGAGGUUUCUACACCUAUGGUGGUGGCGUGGGUGGUGGCCUGGGUGACGGGGGACUUUUCUCUGGAGGUGAAAAGCAAACCAUGCAGAACCUCAAUGACCGGCUGGCCAAUUACCUAGAUAAAGUCAGGGCCCUGGAAGAAGCCAACGCUGACCUAGAGAACAAAAUCAAGGAGUGGUAUGAGAAAUUUGGGCCCGGGUCUGGGGAUGGUGGAGCUGGAAAAGAUUACAGCAAAUACUAUCCAAUCAUUGAAGAUCUCAGGAAUCAGAUCAUUACUGCCACCAUUGAAAAUUCUGGGAUCAUUCUGCAAAUUGAUAAUGCCAGACUGGCUGCUGAUGACUUCAGACUGAAAUAUGAGAACGAGCUGCAUCUCCGGCAGACCGUGGAGGCUGACAUCAAUGGCCUGCGGAAAGUCUUGGAUGACCUGACCAUGACUCGCUCUGACCUGGAGAUGCAGAUUGAGAGCCUCACUGAGGAGCUGGCCUACCUGAAGAAGAACCACGAGGAGGAAAUGAAGAGUAUGCAAGGAAGCUCCGGAGGGGACGUGACUGUGGAAAUGAACGCCGCCCCAGGCACGGACCUGACUAAGUUACUGAAUGACAUGAGGGCACAGUAUGAGGAGCUGGCUGAGCAGAAUCGCCGUGAGGCCGAGGAGCAGUUCAACAAGCAGAGUGCCUCACUGCAAGCACAGAUCUCAACUGAUGCCGGGGCAGCCAGUUCCGCCAAGAAUGAGAUCACAGAACUGAAACGCACUCUGCAAGCCCUGGAAAUUGAGUUGCAGUCCCAACUGGCCAUGAAAAGCUCCUUGGAAGGGACCUUGGCCGACACGGAGGCCAACUACAUGGUGCAGCUGUCACAAAUUCAGAUGCAGAUCAGCAGCCUGGAGGAGCAGAUCUGCCAGAUCCGGGGUGAGACCGAAUGCCAGAACGCAGAAUAUGAGCAGCUGCUGGACAUCAAGACCCGCCUGGAGAUGGAGAUUGAGACCUACCGCCGCCUGCUUGAUGGAGAAGGAGGUGGUUCUGGUUUUGGAGGAUCUGAUUUUAGAAGUUCAGGAUCCAGAAACAUGGGAUCCAGGGAUUCAUCCAUGUCUGAUGGCUCAGGCAGAGACCCAAGCAAGAGUAGAGUGACUAAGACCAUCAUAGAGGAGGUGGUGGAUGGCAAAGUCAUCUCAUCUCAAGUCAGCAAUGUUUCUGAGGUGGAGGAUGGGAAAAGAAUGGAGCUGUCCCAGCUACUCAAUGAGAUCAGGGCAAACUAUGAAAAGCUCCUCACCAGAAAUCAGAUAGAGACCGUGCUCUCAACAAGGAUCCAGUUGGAAGAAGAUCUAAACAAAAAAAUGGACAAAGAUGAAGAGGCUUUAAAGGCAGCUCAAGCAGAACUCAAGGAAGCCCGACGCCAGUGGCAUCACCUGCAAGUGGAAAUUGAAUCCCUGCAUGCUGUGGAAAGGGGCCUUGAAAACUCCCUACAUGCCAGUGAGCAACAUUACCAGAUGCAGCUGCAAGACCUAGAGGCAGUGAUUGAAGGACUAGAAAAAGAGUUACAGGAAGUAAGGCGUGGCAUUGAAAGGCAGCUUCAAGAGCAUGAAAUGCUCCUCAACACCAAGAUGAGGCUGGAACAGGAAAUCGCAACAUAUCGCCGCCUCCUGGAAAAGGAAGAAAUCAGAUAUUAUGGUAGUAUCCAAGGUGGGAAAAAAGAACAAAAACCUACCACAAGUAGAGUCGGCUUUGUUUUACCUUCAGCCAUUAUAAAUGAAAUAUCUUUUUCAACAAAAGUCCCACAAAAGUAUGAGGAUGAAAAAGUGGAAACAGUGACCAAACAGGCAAUAUUAAAUGGAAAUAUUGUGAAAGAAAGCACUGAAGCUCAUGGCACUAUUCAGACAGAGAAAGUGGAUGAAGUUAUUAAAGAAUGGGAAGGCUCCUUCUUUAAAGAUAACCCUCGAUUAAGGAAAAAAUCAGUUUCUCUUCGAUUUGAUCUUCAUUUAGCAGCCACUGAUGAAGGGUGUUCACAGACUAAGCAGGAUAAUCUACCAGAUAUAGAAGUCAGGCUUAUCAUGAGAAGAUCAUGCAGUAUCCCCUCUAUCAAACGUCCAUCAACAACUAAUUAA